AGACGCGGUGGUGCCGUAUACGCCACCCUCAACGUAUACCUACACAAAGGUGUGUUUGCUGGUAAUUCCGCAGGUGAGCCUGGUGGGGCCGUUUUCUCUACACGCAAUGUGGACGUUGAGGAAACGACGUUUAACGGCAAUGUAGCACAGUCAGGGGCGGGCGUCUACACAACCUCAUAUGCCACCUUACACUACGCAAUGUUCUCGGACAACUUAGCAGAGGAAAGGGGAGGGGCGCUGUAUACCGGCCAGAAAGUGGACAUCGACAACUCCCAGUUUAAGAACAACACAUCACUCGACCGAGGUGGUGCAGUCUUCUCUGUCAAGAGCGCCAGUAUUACCGACAGCACUUUCGAAGACAACACAGCGACCGUUAACGGGGGAGCCGUGUAUGUCGAGGAGAACAUCACCUGCACGUACGGCACCUUCAUCAACAACUCCGCUGGCAACCGCACGGGCAACAGCCAAUCGACCAAGGCCAGGGGUGGUGCUAUGUUCAUCUACGACGGGGGAAGCCUGGAGAUGUACAACUCCACGGCUGA